UGUAUGAAAUUUAGUUCAGCUAUAAUUUUUAACCUUUUGAGGAUCACUAUGGGUAAAAAAUAAUUAAGGUUUUCGAUUUGAAUGGACAAGAAAGAAUGUGAUUCAGAGUUAGUUUUCUCAAUAUUGGAACCACACAGGGGACUUGAAAUUCAGGUCCAAAUCACGUGACGGGCUGUCUCACCUGAACAUUCCAAUCUCCUCACAACAGCCUUUCCAUCACAAACUGCCAACGGCGCGAGAAUUUUCACAUAUCGACAAAAUCAAUCCUAAACCUGUUCAUUACUUUAUUUGUUGGCUAACUCCGCUAAGUACUGCAUCGAAAUUAGUUCUUAAUUAAUAAAUUAAUUGGAUUUUUGACAUGGGGAAACUUUUUGGAGCGGCCAGUUUGCCCAUGAUGGCAUGUAUUGCCCUCUUGGUCGGGGCAAUAUUUCAGAUUCUGGGCUUCGCCGCGCCCUACUGGGCCUUUGAUGGGACUUAUGAUGUUGGCCUCUGGAGAUUGGCCCGAUGUCAAUUUAGUUACCAUGUGCAUUGUUACAGGGAGGACCAUGUGGAGUAUUUUACUUCAGAUUGGCUGAAGGUAGUCCGAGCUUUUGAGAGUCUUGGAGUUAUAUUCAUGGUGCUGCCACUCAUUACGAUCCCUGUAUAUAUGUACAUUUCCCUGGGUCUCUAUUACAAGUUCAUGAUGACCUGCUCAUGUAUUUCUUCCCUUGUAUCAGCUGUGAGUAUCAUCAUUGGUGUGUCUGUCUACUCCGUCAAUGUAACACUGAAUGAGUGGAACAUAUCGUGGUGUCUCUAUGUCUGUAUUGUGGCGUUUGUUGCCACACUGUUAGCCUUCCUCAUCUUUAUUGUGGCUGCCUUUAGCAAACGACCACCUGAGCUCAAACAGAUCAUGAUACCUGACCACUCCACACUGCACGUCCAUCCAACAAAACCCAGAUUUGUUAUGAUAGCAGAUUAUUCAUAUCCUGCAUAGGCAUGAAAGUUAGAGCAUCAUAGUAAAAAAAAAAUUCUCAUGGAAAGACAAAAAUGUAGCUAACAUUGUGUUCUAGGAAAUUUGAGAUCCAGUCUAGACCUUGACCAAUGA